AUGUCUUCUUUUGAUUUUACUGCUGUCGCAAACCCUCACGCUGAGAGACUCCAGCGUGCCUUUGGCGAAUUGCGCCUUAAAAUGGUCAACCUGGCCAAUGCCGUUCCGGAUGACAGGCCUGACCUUAUGCAGCGCAAGGAGGAGUGGUCGCGCGACUGGGCCAAACUUGUGUACCUUGAUGCCAAUGCCAUUGAUGGCAAAACUUAUGGCUUGAGCACCGCGCUCUCUGUGGAUGAAGGUGCCCUUGGUCGCAAGGCCCAGCAGUCGUAUGAGCGAAGUUGGCGCAAGAGAAAGCCAUUAAGCAGAAGGAGGGAGGGGGAUAGCGAUGCUGAUGCGAGUGGGGAGGAGGAAGUUCCGACUGUGGUAGCUCCUCUGCGCGUUCAGCGGGCAGCGACUACCGACGCUGUCGGGAGCAAGAAGGUUUUGAAGAAGGAUAGCGACGAGCCCAUUGUUCAUCUGGUACCUUGCGAAGGGUGCCACAAGGUGAAGAAGCCUUGCGUUGGGAGAGUUGCUGUGGCUUGUGACCGUUGCAAGACCAACCGCAAGGCUUGCAAGUAUGCGACCCACAGUCGUGGAGUUGCAAAGGUGCGGGCUGCCGCUAGGGCUAAGGCCAAAGUUGCCGCUGGACCUUCGUCGGUUCACAACUUGAUUCGUCGCCCCAAGACGACUCCUUUGCCUACUUCGCCAUCUGCGGCUGAGGAGGAAGAUGAAGAAGGGUCGGAGGAUGAGGAGGAGGGUGAGUCUGCGGAGGGAUUGGUGGUUGAGAGUUGGAAGAGGAAGGAGCGGGAGUCAGAGGUGUCGGGUGAUUUCGAUCCUUUGGCGGAUACUGGCUUCACCGUGGAGGAUUUGCUUCUGGAGGGGAGGGUGAGGUCGCUGUAUGCGAAAAUGACUACCAUGCAGGCGGAAGAGGAUGCGCCAGUAGUCGGUAGAAAGUACUAG